UCUCACACUUCCAUUAUCAAACACACCCAACGAAACUCAUUGACUCGCUGUGAAAACACAGAAAACAAAAACCAAAAAAAGAAAAUGAAAAAGCGAAAACAAAGGAAAAAAACCACAUAAUCUAUGCUCUCUCUCUCUCUCUCUCUCUCUCUCUCUACUCAACCGUCAACAACACCCACAGACACCCAAUACAGCUAUACUUUCUCUCUCUAAAACCCCACACACACACACACACACACACACACUUUCUCCUUCUGAAUCUGCCGCCGACAUUUUCUUCUCCUUCAUUCUUCUUCCGUGGUCGCCAUGGAUGAUCUACGCAUCCCUGGCGCCUCUACUCUCUUCCUUCUCUUCCUACUCCUCCUUCCCGGAAUAUCCCUCGCAUUGCCGGAAUAUUCCCUCACCAGGUCCUCUUCCACCGCCAACUCCUCCGUUCAGAUCAACUCCAACUCCGUCCUUGUCGCCCUCCUCGACUCGCAUUACACCGAACUCGCCGAGCUCGUCGAGAAGGCUCUCCUCCUUCAGACCCUCGAGGAGGCCGUUGGGUCUCACAACAUCACCAUCUUCGCACCCAAGAAUGAAGCUUUGGAGAGGGACUUGGACCCUGAGUUCAAGCGCUUCUUGCUCGAACCCGGUAAUCUGAAAUCUCUCCAGAAGCUGCUUUUGUUCCAUGUCAUUCCGACCCGGAUCCCAUCCGACGAGUGGCCUGGAAAGUCCGGGUUGGUUUCACACCUCACGCUCUCCUCCGAUGAGCAUCUCCACCUGGAGCAUCAUAGUUCCGGUGAGAAGACCGUGGAUCUCGCGCGCGUGGUCCAACCCGAUGCCGUGACCCGACCCGACGGUGUGAUCCAUGGGAUCGAACGGUUGUUGAUCCCGCGGACGGUGGUCGACGACUUCAACCGCCGGCGGAAUCUCCGGUCAAUUACGGCAGUGAAACCGGAAGGAGCACCGGAGGUAGACCCCAGGACUCACAGGCUGAAGAAACCGGCUCCGCCGGCGAAACCCGGUUCGCCACCGGCACUUCCCAUAUUCGAUGCUUUGGCUCCCGGACCUUCAUUGGCUCCAGCUCCGGCGCCGGGACCAGGAGGCAAGCACCAUCAUUUCGACGGCGAGACCCAGGUUAAGGAUUUCAUCCAUACGCUGCUGCACUACGGUGGGUACAACGAGAUGGCCGAUAUUUUGGUGAAUUUGACGUCGUUGGCCAGCGAGAUGGGCCGGCUGGUCUCGGAGGGAUACGUGCUCACUGUUUUGGCUCCGAACGACGAGGCUAUGGCGAAGCUGACCACGGACCAGCUGAGCGAGCCCGGUGCGCCGGAGCAGAUAAUGUACUACCAUCUGAUUCCGGAGUACCAGACGGAGGAGAGUAUGUACAAUGCCGUGAGGCGCUUUGGGAAGGUCCGGUACGAUACACUCCGGCUGCCACAUAAGGUCGUCGCCGAAGAAGCCGAUGGGUCCGUAAAAUUCGGGCACGGAGACGGGUCGGCGUAUUUGUUCGACCCGGAUAUCUACACCGACGGCCGGAUUUCGGUGCAGGGGAUUGAUGGGGUUUUGUUCCCACCGGAGGAGGUUAAGGAGACCAAAUCCGUUGGCAAAACGGUUCAACCCGCCAAAGUUGUGGCCAAGCCCAGAAGAGGAAAAUUACUAGAAGUAGCCUGUCGAAUGCUAUGGACCUUCGGACAGGAGUCACGGUUCACCACUUGCCAAUGAUAUGUGCCUCAAGUAUCCUCAGGCUGGCUUGUUUGGUGGAAAGUGGCUAAGAGUUGUUGAGGUUGAUACAGUUGCAAAUGGUGUAAAAAAUGGUAUGGAAAAACUAAGGGAAGCUUUCUUGAAAUGGAGAGUAGCCACGACCUUUGUUGUUGUAUUCCUUUCUUGUCCUUCCUUCUCUGUUUUUAUUUUUAUUUUUAUUUUUUUCUCUCUCUCUCUCUUUCUUGGUGGCCUUUUUGUGGGUUUGGGUCUUGGAGACGGAGAAGUAAAAUCCACUCUAGUUUUCCCAAAUAUAUACUUAUUUUUAAUUAAGUACAUAGUGAUAUUUUUUGAUAUCUUUCUAGGGGUGGUUUGUGUUAGUAGGGUUUGAGCUUGUGUGUAAUGAAAGACAAAGAUUGGCUGGGGCAGAGAGUGUUUGUGUUGCAAGUUUUCAUUUGCCCAUUUGAAUAACAAACUAUAUGCAGAAAUUGCUGUCAAAAGUGCAAUAAAAAAACCAUUCUUUCCUGUAAUAA